AUUUCGAAUUGAGCAAGCCCAGACAGACGGCCAUCGUAAGAUUCAACAUAGGGUUCAGGCAACCUUGCAGACCGACGCUCUUUGGAGCGAGUGCGAGGCUAUCCUACUUCCAUUUUCGAAGCAGCUGGCCAGCGAUGGCAGUAUAGAGACUCGAAGCGCCGAAGCAGUCAAUUCGUGAAGGCGACAACGACAACGAUGAAGACGAAGAUGGAGGACGUACCGACCUCUGGCUCGAAAGGAGACACAACGGCCGAUGUGCUUCCAACAGGCGUCACCACUAUUGAAGGCCAACCAUCUGCAACGGCCAGCAACCAGUUCCACGACCCCUUGCUGGCUAUCAUGCCCGACUUUGCCUUCAGCAUGCCCGCCCAAAUUGUCGUCGACGGCAUCAAUCUCGCCCUGGUUACCAUCCUUGCCAUCCACCUCAGCUUCACGACGCAGUACCAUCGACCACUGUCCAAGAAGAAUUUCUACCUGCAGACGACUAGCACCCUCAUGCUCCUCAUCAACCUCGCCGUGCAUCUGCAUACGGUCCUGCACCGGCUCGAGGUGGAAAGCAGGAGCUGGCCGUACAUGUUUGCAUACAUUGGCGUCCAGAUCCCGCCUCAGGAUGGGAGCUGGAACACGGCUCAGGAGGCCUUUUAUCUCCUGAUGCAGGCCAUCACCACCGCUCUCGUCCAUCUCACCCACAUCCAGUUCCUCACGCUCCUCUACCCCUCGGCCCUUGAGGCCAGGCUGAUCCUCUGGAUGCUGGGACCCCUCGCCCUCGUUGCCAGUGGCAUGGAGUUCACUGCCCUUUCGUCCGACGACGACGUCAAGACGUCUGACCUGGGCGAUGCUAUUCGGAACAUUUGCAACUCCACCCUAUUCCUCCUCUACACCUCUGCCCUUCUUAUUUGGGGUCUCUUUGUCAAUCGUCGCCGGGCUUGGCGCACAGACGGCGGCACGGCGGCUUUUGGUGGCGGAAGCGUGGGUCUGGCUUUCAUCAACACCAGCAUCAGCUUCGUCGAGAUUGCAUUCGAUCGGCUUUGGUGGCUGCCGUCGAUCUGCUGGACGCUCACCAUCUGGCAGAGCUGGCUGGGCUUCUGGUGGUGGGUCGGCUCCGGCAUGGGUAUCGGCGAGGUGGAGGAUCGGGCAGAGAGGCAGGAGCGCAAGCGAAAGCGGGAGGAGAAGCUGAGGAGGAAGCGUGAGAGGGAGGAGCGCAACCGGCUCAAGCUGGAGGCCGCUGCCGCCAAUGGAGGCUCAUCAUUUGGCGAUGCUUCCGAUCACGUCUUUGGUGGCAUCAAACGCUUCAGAGAUAAGCUGGCGGUCGAAACAAAGGAUGCGGGCCACACCUUGAAUCGCCGUCUGAGGAGGACCACUGCUGCCGGGGCGACGAAUGCGCCAGCUGGUGGCGACGAGGAGGAGAUCGAGCUUGCGUCAGUGAGGGCCGUGGCUCCACCCGAUGAUGCACCCAUCGGAGCUGGUGCUUCCUCGCCCGAGAACAGACGCUCUUCGGCAGCCAGGCCGGGAACGGGCGAGCAGGAGCUGACGAGUGUUUCCGUUGUGGACGGAAGCGGGCGCGAAGAGGUAGCGACCAAUAUCGGCAGCGGAUCGCAAUCGUCGGACACGCACCCAACGAUGACGACAAACAACAACAAUAACAACCAAGGCUACCUCCCAGGCUGGGUGGGCAGCGUGGCCGACUAUGUUUCGAGGAACCAACCAGACUUCAUCAAGCGACGCAUGCGCAGAUUGCGGCUCGCUCACGUUGCCGCGGCCAGAAGAGCAGCGACGGAACAGACGGCGCUCAGAGACCAGGUGCUCAACAGACAGGCGAGGGCAGAGGCUGCACCUGGGCUUAGGUCGAUGAUGUUCGAACGUGAAAUCACUCGAUCCGGAGGCAAUGGUCCUAUCGAAGAAGGCUCAGCGUUCCAGAAAGAUGGCCCCUCCGCCGAUCCGACCGACUCCAACACCGCUGAUGUCAACGGCAGCGACGAUGACGGCGAAGAAGUCGGAGAGGAGACAGAAGAAGAGUACGAGCGGCGGAGGCGACGGGAGAGGCGAAGGAACAAUGCUUCGUCGUCAUCUAGGAGGGGCUCGGCCACCUCGAGGAGUCAGCGAGGAGCCGGCUCGACCAUGUCACCUGGUCGGUCCUCCUCUUUUGUGGGCAGCAGGAGCCCAGCAGCCAUGAGGUCACCCUCACUGAGGGCUGUCGACCGUCAGCGGCCGAUCGAGAGCAGCUCCAGCCCAUACCUUGGUGCUGCGGCGGAUGGCUUGGGCAUUGCAGCAUCGAGGAUCAGCGUCGAUGGAGGCAACCUCUUCUCGCCCCUGCAAACGCCCACGUCCAGUGACCCUCUUAAUCUGGCCGAUUCCACAGCCGCAGGAGUUCGAUCACCUCUGACUCAGUCUAGCAGUCAGGUGGCAACGUCUCCUCGAGCAGCAGUGACGGCAGCAGAGGACGAAUGGGAGGACGAAGAAGACGAGGAGAACUCCAGCACGGUCCGAGGAGCUGGUCCAUCGACGAUAAGGGGGGAUCGCCCUUCUCGAGACGCAGAUGCCAGCGCCGCGGCCGCAUCCUCUUCUAGCUGGGCAUGGAGGGGUGGCCUCAAGGGCCUGCGGAUGCGCGAUCGGACCUCUUAUGAUUGA